GUGGUCUAUAAUAUGAGCGAAUAGGAAGAUGUGCGUGUAAAGUCCGAAGCAUUUGUCAUAACUUUGUUGAAGAGAGUACACAAGUUGGGUCAAUUUUGCUGCACCUUGGCCAGGCCUGCACCUUCCUUCCUCCAUCUACAUCUUCUUUUUAUUCUUCUCUCUCUUUAUUCCCUCUUAAACCUUCUCUAGUUCCACCUCGUUUUCCUAGUGAAUAUUCACACGUUGUAGAUACCACACAACAACACAACACAUACUUUCUUCUAUUUUCUUUGUCUUUCUCAAAGCCAAUUCAAAUUAAUAAGGUUGAGAGCCAGGAUUAUUGGAAACCAAAUCAAAGAUGGGUUUUUUCUCAAAGGAAGAGAAAUCAAAGAGGGUAUUGAGGGGAGUCAAGACGGUGUUCUUCUUGAUCACCAUGGUUAUGUCUCUUCUUCUCUUCUCUGCCCCGGUUCUACUUGUCAUAGCCGAUGCACUUGUUCCUUCUGCUCUGCUUUCAACUCUCUCCUCUUCUUCUUCUUCUUCUUCUUCUUCCCUCUCCAUGGAAACACUCUCUUCCCAUUUCCGCAACUACGAUUUCAGAUACUCACUUCUUGACAUACCCCUCGUCUCCAUCAUAAGGUCCUUCAUCAUCUUCUGUGUUUAUAGUUUGUGUGAUGGGCCAAGGCUAUCAAGGGGACCGUAUUUGGGGAUAACAACGAUGUGCUGCGUGGUGUCUCUGAUGUUUGUGUCGCUGAAAGCGGUUUACAUGUUAAGCAUGGUUGAUGAGAGUAGUGGGUAUGUUAGAGCCUCUGAAAUCGCGCUGUUCGUGUGUUCCUCUGCGUUGGCUGUGGGCCAUGUUGUCGUGGCUUACCGAACAAGUUGCAGAGAAAGGAGGAAGCUUUUGCUCUACAAAAUUGACAUUGAGGCUAUUUCAGCUUGCAAAAAUGGGUAUCCGAGGUAUCCCAAGAUUCUUCAAGGGGAAAGAAUCAAAUGAAUCCCCACCAUUCAUGGCACUAACAAUAACAAAUUAAAUUAGAGGGAACCAAUAUUAUUAUUAUUAUUAUCAUCAUUAGUUUAACAUAUAUCAGCUAACAGCUUCAUCAGCUAUUCAUACUAAGAUGCGUCAAAGGAUGCUAA